CCUUUAGUGUUGGAUGAUCUCUGUGUACUUGUUGGGAUAAUUACAUUCAGAUCCUCAGGAACAUUAAUAUUUAACCAAGGUGACUUUUGCACACAUAUUAGAAACGCCAUCAAUGAUCAAAGACACUACCAUUUCCACAGCACGAGGUAUCGCCUCCAUCUUCCAAUUUCUAAACCACAAAACCCUAUCUAUCCCUUCAAGAUCCGUCCACUCCCAAUCCAAAGCCCCAAAUUUAUCUUCUCUCAUCUCCUCCAUAUGCUUCCUCCUUAAAAAUGGCGGAAAAUGGGAAGCUCUAAGCUCCACUUUCGGCUCUACAGAGCUCAACGAUACCCUAAUAGAGAAAAUCAUCCUUAAUCUGAAAGAGCCGGCAGAUGCCAAAACACGCUCUUUUAUUCUUCCAUUGGUCAUCUCAAUACAAGCAGCACCAACAUUCUCUCAAAUCCUACUGCACUGUCGUUCAAAUCCUCGUUCGAGCCAAUCUUCUCAUCGACGCACAAGCGCUGCUCGAGUCAGCUGUAUCAAAGAACCCGAACCCUGGAUCCUCAAUAAAAUUGGUUUCAGAAACACUUUUAAGCACAUAUGAAUCAUCAGCCGCGGAUCCUCGAGUUUUUGAUGUUCUUGUGCAAACUUGCUUAAAGUUGAGGUUUUUAGAUCAAGCAUUUGAUUCUUGCUGCUACUUUGGAGAUCAUGGGAUCACUCUGAGCCUUCUUAGCUUUAACAGAAUGCUUCAUGUUGCACAAAGGUCGAAUCGGAGUAAUCUCGCAUGGAAGGUGUAUGAGAAAAUGCUUGAGAACAGAGUUUAUCCAAAUCAAGCCAGCGUGGAGACCAUGGUGAAUCUAUUGUGCAAGGAAGGAUCUUUGCAAAGGAUGCUCGGCUUAUCAGACAGAAUUCAUGGAAAGAGAUGCGCCCCUGUGGUGCUGGUGAAUAUGGCAUUGGUUUUAUGGAUGUUUGAAGAAGACAGAAUUGAGCAGGGAUUCAUUCUUCUGAGGAGAAUGUUGCAAAAAAAUCUUAUUUUGGAUGAUAUUAUGAGUUCCCUAAUCAUAUUUGCAUACUGCAAAACUGGACAGUUUGAUGACGCGAAGACGGCCUACGAUGAAAUGCGGAAUAGAGGAUGUGGUUCGAAUGUUUUCGUGUACACUUGUUUCAUUCGUGCUCGUGCUGACAUGGGGUUGAUCGAAGAAGCUCUGAGACUGUUUGAUGAAAUGCAUUCUAUUGGCCUGAAACUGUAUGAUGAGACUUAUAAUUGUUUGAUAGAAAGCUGUGCUAAAGCUGGAAGAUUGGAAGAGAGUUUAGCAUUCUAUGAGGAAAUGAAGAGAGAAGGAUUAGUGCUUUCCUUUUCUACUUUUAGUGAGAUAGUUGGAAUUCUAUGUGAUAAUGGAGAAGUAGAGAAAGCUGAUGAAAUAUUUACUGCUCUUUCAGAUACAGGAUUUGUUCCUGAUGAAGCCAUUUAUUGCCAUCUUAUUAAUGGAUUUGGGAGGAUAGAUAAGGCUCAAAAGUGUAUAAGUUUGUAUCAUGAAAUGCAGUUUAGAGGUCUUGAUAUUGGCCCCCAUGUUUAUGCAGCAUUGGUUAGAAGUCUCAGUCAAUGUGGGAAGUUGAAGGAGGCUGAGAAGUUUAUGAAGAAGAUGGAAGAGAAAUCUGUAGUCCUCUGCCAGACCGGGCAAUGUUUUUCUCCAAUGAGAUGAUGAGCAAAAUGUUCAUUGAUGCAAAGGAGGACAUUAAAGUUGCUUGGAAAAGAUGUCUCUAUUCAUAUUUUAAUUUUCUAUGCCAUGGCUUUCAAAAGCAUGGUUCAAAGUUGGACUCGAUCAACCGAUUUGAUUGGUUUAGCUAUCAACCAAUCCUACAA